AGGGGAAGAGGAUGUGAUCACGCGGUCGCCCGCACAGGGGAAAUUGUGAAAAGGGCCUUGCUCUACAAAAGGCAACCUACAGUGGACUUGCCUUCCAGAGGACGCUGAGCUCUGAGAGGACACGUCUGAGUGUUCCCCUCUGUCUGGCGGUCCAUCCGACAUGGAACCAAAGCGGAUCAGGGAAGGCUACCUUGUGAAGAGGGCGAGUGUGUUCAACACCUGGAAACCCAUGUGGGUUGUAUUAUUAGAAGAUGGAAUUGAAUUCUAUAAGAAGAAAAGUGACAAUAGUCCCAAAGGAAUGAUCCCCUUGAAAGGAAGCACUCUGACUAGCCCUUGUCAGGACUUUGGCAAAAGAAUGUUUGUGUUUAAGAUCACUACAACCAAACAGCAGGAUCACUUCUUCCAGGCAGCCUACCUGGAGGAGAGAGAUGCCUGGGUUAGGGACACCAAGAAAGCCAUUAAAUGCAUUGAAGGAGGCCAGAAGUUUGCGAGGAAAUCCACCAGGAGGUCCAUUCGACUGCCAGAAACUAUUGACUUAAGUGCCUUGUAUUUGUCUAUGAAAGAUGCUGAAAAAGGAAUAAAAGAACUGAAUCUUGAGAAGGACAAGAAGAUUUUUAAUCACUGUUUCACAGGUACCUGUGUCAUCGACUGGCUGGUAUCCAACCAGUCUAUUCGAACUCGCCAGGAAGGCCUCAUGAUUGCUUCCUCACUGCUCAAUGAAGGGUACCUGCAACCUGCGGGAGACCUGUCCAAGACUGCAGUAGAUGGCACUGCUGAAAAUCCUUUCCUGGACAACCCUGAUGCAUUCUACUACUUUCCAGACAGUGGGUUUUUCUGUGAAGAGAAUUCUAGCGAUGAUGAUGUGAUUCUAAAAGAAGAAUUCAGAGGGGUCAUUAUCAAGCAAGGAUGUUUACUCAAGCAGGGCCAUAGGAGGAAAAACUGGAAAGUGAGGAAGUUCGUUUUGAGAGAAGACCCAGCAUACCUACACUACUAUGACCCUGCUGGGGGCGAAGAACCACUGGGAGCAAUUCACUUGAGAGGUUGUGUGGUGACUUCAGUGGAAAGCAACCCAGAUGGCAAGAAGAGUGAUGAAGAGAAUCUUUUUGAGAUCAUCACGGCUGAUGAGGUGCACUAUUUCUUGCAAGCGGCCACCCCCAAGGAGCGCACAGAGUGGAUCAAAGCCAUCCAGGCAGUCUCCAGGACUGGGAAGUGA